GGCCACGGGGAUUAGGAAGACUUGGGUCAGCUCUGCUAAGGGGGUGUCUGCCCAGCACUUCCUGGAUCCACAGCCCCUUGGGGUCAGGCAGGGGGUCUGGGCAGGGCUGCAGCAGCGACAGCAGUGGCUUGGCUCAAAGCUGGCUCCGUGGGGGACACAGUGACAUGAGAGGCACACCACAGACCCACCUCCUGGCCUUCUCCUUCCUCUGCCUCCUCUCAAAGGUGUGUGCCCAGCUGUGCCCAACACCGUGUGCCUGCCCUUGGCCACCACCCCGAUGCCCCCUGGGGGUGCCCCUGGUGCUGGACGGCUGCAACUGCUGCCGGGUAUGUGCACGGCGGCUUGGGGAGUCCUGCGACCAUCUCCACGUCUGUGACCCCAACCAGGGCCUGGUCUGCCAGCUGGGGGCAGGCCCUGGUGGCCGGGGGGCCGUGUGCCUCUGGGGAGAGGAUGAUGGGAGCUGUGAGGUGAACGGCCGCCAGUACCGGAACGGGGAGACCUUCCAGCCCCACUGCAGGAUUCACUGUCGCUGUGAGGACGGGGGCUUCACCUGUGUGCCACUGUGCAGCGAGGAUGUCCGGCUGCCCAGCUGGGACUGCCCUUACCCCAGGAGGGUAGAGGUCCCCGGCAAGUGCUGCCCCGAGUGGGUGUGCGACAGAGCAGGGGGACUGGGGGUCCAGCCCCUCCCAGCCCACGGACCCCAGUCUUCUGGCCUCGUCGCUCUCCCACCCCCCGCGGUCCUCUGCCCAGAAUGGAGCACAGCCUGGGGACCCUGCUCAACCACCUGUGGGCUGGGCGUGGCCAGCCGCGUGUCCAACCAGAAUUACUUCUGCCGACUGGAGACCCAGCGCCGUCUGUGCCUGCCUGGGCCCUGCCCACCCGCCAGGGUCCACGGCCCACUAAACAGUGCCUUUUAGAGCGGAGCUCGGGGUGGAGACUCAGUGCCCACCCUCCCCAGCAGGCAACCCUGGCUAUAGGCAACAAUCCAGCUCAGGUCCUCUAUGUGGGCCCUGGAGGACAAGAAGGUCACAUGCCUCCUGGUCUGUCUGGACCCUGAGAUACAGCGGGGAUGUAUGCCCUAGUCCCCCUUCCUCUAACUCCCAGCCUCAGAGGCUGGCCAGGUUGCUAGGGUCUUCUGGUCCAUUCCCAACCUCCACACAGCCUUUAUCAAACAUGUGCGUGGGUUAGCUUUCUGGAGGUGGGGCCACUAUCUCUCCUUAACCAGUAGGCUCAGGCAGGUGCUGGGCUGGAUAGGCUGUUUCUCUGGGGGUGUGGGGAAGAGGGGCACAGAUGUUCUGCGUCUCCUGCAUCCUUUCCUGGAGUGACGUGAAAGCAUCCCUGAACAUGUGCUUAUGCAUGAACUUUGUGUCAGGCUUGUGCUGUCUGAGAAAAAGACUCCCCAUCCCGGGAAGAAUUCAGGGGCUGAAUGCUUUGUGGAAAAUCACAAGAUGAAAUCACACUGUCUUGAAGAAAGUCAGAAAACAGGCCUUGGAGUGAUCCAUUAAACCCAACCUACAUCAGUAAGAAUUAACCUUUCUUGAGCACUUGCAAUAUACCAGGCACUGAGCUACACACUUUCUAUAGACCAGUGCUUUGCAAUAUUUUUGACUCAAGAAAAGGAGAACAGAAUGUCCUCUGGGGACUGGGGAACAUGGCCUGAAAUAAACCAAUCCAAGGGUGAAA